ACUUGACAUUGGUGGAAUUGUGUGAAAUGCGCAGAUAAGCCAUUAAUUAAAAAAAGAAGAUCUGUUUUUUUUCACUUGAAAAAUGUUUGGCAACCUGAAAGAAUUCAUUUCUGUAGUACAAGAUGGACUAGCUUCAAACAGCAAUUUAAGGCAAACACUACAAGAAGUGCAAAAAGUAAAAAACAUUUUUAAAGACAAGCAAAAGGUGUCUAGUGAAGCAAAGGUGAACUACGGGGCUGGUGGUGCAUUACUCGAGAAAUACCAAGAAGACUGGGCCGAACUCCAUGGAAAUGCCGAUAAAAAUGCAAAAGCUGCCGACGAAGUGGACAGAUUAAUUUUAGAGCUACAUGAUACCACAAAAGCGAAACUACAAUCUGCAAAUGAAUUAGGUCAAUGUUUAUCUCAUUUACCAAAUCUAACUGCUGCAGUAGCACAAUGCAUGGAUAGCCUUAAAAACGUCCAAUCUUUGUUAAAAACUGUAGAAGAUGAAUUAGUGGAGUUUGAAGAUAUUAUUGAGAGAAGUAAAAUGGAAAGUUGGAAGUUGGACCAUCAUUAUCAGUUAACUUUGUACAAAGAGAAGAAAAUGGUUGCUUUAGAAAAUAUCCGAAGUGAUCUAGUUAAGAAAAAUACUCAGCAAAGUUAUGAGAAGGAAAGACAACAGUUGGCAGAGAUACAAUCAAGAAGAGAGAAUAGUGCAUUAGCUUUUCAACAUGACAUGGCCAAGUACUUGACUAGUGGAAAUGUGCCUCAAGGUAAUUAUUAUGCAAUAGGAUGUUUGGCGACCAUGGUGCAGAAGCCUCCAAAUACUGAUGCUCUUAGAGAAACAGUUUUAGGUUCAGCAUCACCUAAAAUAAGUUUAGAACAAGUUCAACUGGAUGAAGACAGAUCAGAUUUGGAAAAGUUUCUAGAUAGUUGAUAUUGUCGAAUUAGCUAUGAUAUUAAUCUGAGCUUGUUAUGUAAGUGUUAAUUAUGUUUACUAUUUAUCAUUCCAAAGUUUUCAGCCAAUAUAAACAUUGUUGAUGUAACGGA